GGUUACAAAAGGGCUUAUGCUCUGAAGAUUGAAGAGCAACGUAAGAUACUACUUAGUAGUGAGGAAGGAAAAACAGAGGAAAGAUAGUUUAGAGAAAAUGGCUCCUAUGAAGAGCAAGAUAUUGAUAUUUGCAGCCACAGGUUAUCUUGGAAAAUAUAUGGUGAACGCAAGCGUUUCUCUUGGCCAUCCAACCUAUGUCUAUAUCCGUCCAGUCAAGCCAACUACUGAUUCCACAAAGCUUCAACUGCUCAAAGAAUUCGAAUCAAUGGGAGUCACCAUUUUCCAAGGAGAACUUGAUGAACAUGAGAAGCUGGUUUCUGUGCUUCGACAAGUAGAUGUGGUCAUAUCAACUCUAGCCGUCCCACAACAUCUUGAACAAUUCAAAAUCAUUAAUGCCAUGAAAGAGGCAGGCAACAUCAAGAGAUUUGUUCCUUCAGAAUUUGGUAAUGAAGUUGAUAGAGUGAGUGGACUUCCACCGUUUGAAGCUUUACUUGAUAACAAGAGGAAGGUGAGGAGGGCAAUUGAAGCAGCUGGAAUUCCAUUUACAUACGUGUCUGCAAAUUCAUUUGCAGCUUACUUCGUAGAUUACUUGCUUCAUCCACAUCAAAAGACAGAUGAAGUUACUGUAUAUGGGAGCGGUGAAGCCAAGGCCGUGUUGAACUACGAGGAGGAUGUUGCAAUCUAUACAAUCAGGGCAGCAACAGAUCCAAGAGUAGAAAAGCGUGUCAUCAUCUACAGACCUCCUAAAAAUAUUGUCUCGCAGCUGGAUUUGAUUUCUUCAUGGGAGAAAAAGACUGGACGUACAAUGAAAAUAACCCAUCUUCCCGAGGAAGAAGUGGUCAAGCUCACUGAAACGUUACCUGUUCCAGACAAUAUAUCAGUGGCCAUUCUACAUAAUAUAUACAUCAAAGGUGAUCAAACGAGCUUUGAGUUAACAGAGAAUGACUUGGAAGCCUCCAAGCUUUAUCCUGAUCACAACUACACCUCAGUUGAUGAUCUUCUCAACCGGUGUCUGGUUGACCCUCCCAAACCCAAGUUGGCUGCAUUUGUUUAAACUGCUUUUUCUAAUCCCAUUUGUCCAAUUUGGUGUUUCCUUUAGCUUUGUUUUCUUCCUUUCUUUCUCUCUCUCUCUCUCUCUCUCUCUUUUAUCCUCUUUUAAUCGUUUUCUCAUGAUUAUCUGGUGCUACUUGUAUUUCUAAGUCAAUUAUCUAUGACUUGCACGACAGGUACUAAUAUGUUAUCCCAACUUCUGGCCCUUGUAUUAAAAAGUUCUUCUCUACUUCAUUUUCAGCAA